UCCCCCCCGCCCGGGCCCUCCAUCCCGUUCUCUAGUCCUCGCAGCCCUCCCUCUCUUCCAGUUUCGGUGUCCGGUUACGGUUACAGCUCCUCUGUUCUCAUUGUGACUUUGGGCCAGGCUAGGGGGAAGUGGCCCGGGAGGGUCCGGUGUGGCUGCAUAAAAUUGGCAGAACAAGGUUGGGGGGGGGGGGUAGUGUGCGACGUCAACGAGCGGGGAGAGGGGGCGGAGGAGCUGCUCUCUGAGUACAAGUCCGUGGGCUCUCUCAGAGAUCCUCAGGCCGGAGCCGAGGUGGCUGGCGAUCCCAGGCCACUGCAAGCCUCUGCUUUCUUUACACUGCCUCCUUUUUCGGACAGGAGUCGCAGCUGCACCGAAGGGCUUAGUCCCGAACACUUGCAGGGUGCCAGGAACGCGCUGAUGCCCCAAGUGCUUGCAGGGCUUCCAGCUAACCAUGCCGCGGUCGCCCGCAGCUGCCUUGGCACUGCCCCUGCUACUGCUCCUGGUGCGGACGCCACCCCUGACCAGUGCGCGACCCUCCCGAGGCCCGGAUUAUCUGCGGCGCGGUUGGCUGCGGCUGCUGGCGGAGGGUGAGGGCUGUGAGCCCUGCCGGCCAGAAGAGUGCGCCGCGCCACGGGGCUGCCUGGCGGGCUCGGUACGCGACGCGUGCGGCUGCUGCUGGGAAUGCGCCAACCUCGAGGGCCAACUCUGCGACCUGGACCCCGGCGCCCACUUCUACGGGCGUUGCGGCGAGCAGCUCGAGUGCCGUUUGGACGCAGGUGGCGACCUUAGCCGCGGCGAGGUGCCGGAGCCGCUGUGUGCCUGCCGCUCGCAGCGUCCCCUCUGCGGCUCGGACGGCCGCACCUACGAGCAGAUCUGCCGCUUGCAGGAGGCGGCCCGCGGGAGGCCCGAUGCCAACCUCACUGUGGCGCACCCGGGGCCCUGCGAGUCGGAACCCCAGAUUGUGUCACACCCACAUGACAUUUGGAAUGUGACGGGGCAGGACGUAAUCUUUGGCUGUGAAGUGUUUGCCUACCCUAUGGCCUCCGUUGAGUGGAGGAAGGACGGCUUGGACAUCCAGCUGCCAGGGGAUGACCCCCACAUCUCUGUGCAGUUUAGGGGGGGACCCCAGAGGUUUGAGGUGACGGGCUGGCUGCAGAUCCAGGCAGUGCGUCCUAGUGAUGAAGGCACCUACCGCUGCCUUGCCCGAAAUGCACUGGGCCAGGUGGAGGCCUUGGCUAGCCUGACAGUGCUCACACCAGACCAGCUGAACUCCACAGGAAUCCCCCAGCUGCAGUCCCUGAACCUUCUUCCUGAGGAGGAGGCUGAGAGUGAAGAGGGCGAGGACUACUACUAGGAUGUUCCGGUGCAGGCGUCUCGCUUCUUUGAGGCCUCAGUUUCCCCCUUCGCGGCCCCACAGCCAGGAAUGGGAGGAACCCCUGCUGCCGCUCUCCCCCGCCUCUGCACAGCUGACCGGCUUUAAUAACGUCGCUGGAAAGUGACACGCGAUUUAUUAUUAAAGUAAUGCGGGCGCGGGGACGGGAAAGGUUUAAUAAACGUGCUGAGAUGCCGAGGAUUAUUCACCGCAAAUAAAUGAGAGCGCGGGCGGCGUUUUAAUAAAUAAUUUCCCUCCGUUCCCGGGGGAAGAAGGGGAGGGGGCACCCGAGCUGCUGCCAGAGCUGCGGGCUUCGCCUCCACCCGGGUUUCAAGACUUCCCCGCGUCUGUAGUCCUAGGUUGUUCACGCUCAGGAUAUGAGAUUCCGGGGGAGCCGGCCCAGAGUGGUCCAGGUCUGGGUGUGGGAGAGGCUCUACCCACCCUACUUCGUCCACCUCCGGAAUUUUAAGUCGUUUCCUUAAGAUGCAGUGAAUACGCUUCCUUCGGGCUCUGAACUGACGAUCCGGAUUAAAGAUUCGACCUGGGAUGGAAGGGUUAACUGAGACCCAGCCCUCUGCCAAGCGGAGGCUCAUAGGUCCCAGGUCCUGGCCAUUCUCCUCCCUGCUUGUGACUGACCCCGCCUGGGCUUCAGAUGGAAGGGUGCGUGUACAGGUGCGAGGUUGCCACGCGUGUGCAAAUGACCCUGACUCCUUCCUGGGGCCGUUGUGAGGGAUGGGGCAGGUGCGUCUGGCUGCUUGUUACCACUAAGGCUCCGAAGAACGGUGCUGGAGGCCUUCUCUUUUUAGGCCAGCGAGGCCUAAACGGAGGCAGCCGGGCCUAAGCCUAACACCGGGCUCGUUGGUGAACGAGGGUCGAUCGGAGGGCUGAGUAGAACUCGAGUCCCGAGUGGUAGGCCGCCCUUUGGGUGGGAGGCACGAAGCCUGGGGGGCCGAAGCCUCCAGGGCAGCGAAGACGAACCCAACCUCAGAGAGGGCUGAGCAUGCAAACUUUGGGGGCAGAGAACAUGCCGACUGCUAUCACCUAGAGGCAGCUUGGGGUGCACCCGGCUCCGCAGGUUCUGUGCAGAGUCCAAAAGAGGCGACAUCUCUGGCGACACCUCUGGCAGCACUUGGGUGCAUGGGAGGUGGCGAAAGAGUGCCAUCUGGUGGAUAUUUCUGGUUGUGGUCUUAAGACCUAGGCCAGGGGACUUAAGAUAUGUUAACAUGAGACAGUUAACUUGACUCUGGAAAAAUCUAAAUAAAAAGAUGCAUUAAUUUGUAUUCAUUUAGCAUAUGUGUACAAGUGAAAUGUAUGUGAUGGACCUCUGGUGGUCCAGUGGCUAAGAGCUCCAGGGCUAACCAAAAGGUCCGCAGUUUUGAUCCACCAGCUGCUCCUUGGAAGCCCUGAGGCGGUUCUCCUGUGUUCUGUACGGUGGCUAUGAAUCGGAAUCAACCGGGCAGCAACGGGUGUAUACCUGAUAAGGAGCCCUGGUGGUGUAAAUGGUUAAGCCCUGGGCUGCUGCCAGCUAAAGAUUGGCGGUUCAAAUCCACCCAGUGGCUCUGAGGGAUAAAGACCUGCUGAUCUGUUUCCAUAAAAAUUAUAGCCAAGAAAACUCCAUAGGACAGUUCUACUCUGUCAUGUGGGGUCGCUGUGAGUUGGAAUCAACUUGAGGCACCUAACUACAACAAUAGCAUAUAUAUGAUGUUAUUAUGUCAUACUAUGUGAUAUCUAUAUGUAAUAUCUAUAAUG